AUGAGAUGUGCUGUCGCCGGCUUUCACGGCGCAAAGUGCAUCAAUUACCUAUUCCAAUCCCCCUCUGUCAACUAUCCAGCUCAGCGGUGUCUUCAUUCCUCUACGCGUAGGCACAACCCACAAGAGCCCAACGCCCCCGAUGCUCUCGAUCCGCGCCUGGAAGACCUGGGCAAGGUCAUUAGAGAUGAAUAUGCGAUAGUUAGGGAGCACUACGAUACCCCGAAGCACCCAGUCGUUCUCGCACAUGGACUCCUUGGAUUUGACGAACUACGUCUGGCUGGGUCUUUCCUUCCUGGGGUUCAGUACUGGCGUGGGAUCAAAGAAGCUUUAUCGAUGAAAGGGGUUCGUGUCAUCACAGCAACCGUGCCUCCUUCCGCAUCCAUCGAAUUGCGCGCUGAAGAAUUAGCGAGGGAUAUCGCUGCCGGUGCACCCGGGGAACAUGUCAAUAUUAUUGCCGGGCUUGAUUCUCGAUAUAUGAUUACACAUUUGAAGCCUAAAGACUUCAAAGUCAAAUCGUUGACCACAAUUGCGACUCCCCAUAGAGGCUCUGCUGUUGCCGAUUACGUCCUCAAGCAAAUAGGCGAUGAUCGUCUUACCCAGCUAUACUAUGCGCUGGACCGGCUCAAAGUAGAAACGGGCGCAUUCGCUCAGUUGACGCGUGGCUACAUGGCGAACACAUUCAAUCCUACAACACCAGACAUAGAGGAUGUCCGAUACUUUUCCUACGGGGCGGCAAUGCAGCCAAGCUUCUGGUCCGUUUUCCGUCUGUCCCACCGUCUCCUCGAACAAGUUGAAGGGCACAAUGAUGGGCUAGUCAGCGUUGCCAGCAGCAAGUGGGGAGGCGAUCAAGGUUACAAGGGAACCCUUGAGGGCGUAAGCCACUUGGACUUGAUCAACUGGAGCAACCGACUGAAGUGGUUGGCUGGGGAAAUCACGGGCAACAGACAAAGGUUCAACGCCAUUGCGUUUUACCUUGAUAUUGCAGACAUGCUCGCUAAGGAAGGCCUCUGA